AACUUUGGUGGGCGCCUGCGAGUCGGCGUCGGGGAACGCGGGAGGCGGUGGUGGCGGCAUAAGGGAGUCGCUACGGGUUCCAGCUCUGGACCUCAGUUACACCGCGGUGUCCGCAAGAGGGAAGUUUGCCCCUCCGCGCGGCCCCGGCGCACACUUGGCGGACGCCCUAGGCUCGGUUCGGCGGACGCGGUGGCCAUGGUGCCCAGGCUUGCCUGCUAGCAGGCUGCCAUGUCUCGAGAGGCAGGUUCAUGUCGAGUGGGCACUGGGACAAGGGCACGGUCACGGAAGCCCAAGAAGCCACAUUACAUCCCACGGCCCUGGGGCAAACCCUACAAUUACAAGUGCUUCCAGUGUCCCUUCACCUGCCUGGAGAAGUCCCAUCUCUAUAACCACAUGAAGUACAGCCUCUGCAAAGACUCCCUCUCUCUACUGCUAGACUCCCCCGACUGGGCAUGCCGACGUGCGGCCCCCUCGCCCAGGCCUCGGCUGCCCACCCCCAACUGUUCCACAGACUUCUCAGACCCUAGUAGCAAGCCUACUGAGCCAGCUCUCAUUGUCACUGACAGCCUUUCCCAGCGUCGUUGUGGCAGGGGCCCCAAACCUGGACCAGAGGAGUCCCCAGGGUCAUUGCCCCCUCUGGCAAGAGCCAUCCGGAAGGGUCCAGGUACCAGUGGCCUCUUGGCAGAAUCAUGGAAGGCAGGACUGAGUGGUGGUAUGGUGAGUGGGACUUUAGGGACCAUGGCUUCAGCAGGCUCUGAGAGUAGUGUCCCCUGCUACCCGCCGCCUGCCCAGGGUGAGUUCCCUGAAGCCCAGAGCUUCCACUUGUCAUUGCUGGGCGUCAACUACCCUCUUGGCCCAGGCCUCUUCUCCUAUCUAGGGCCCUCACUGGCUGCUGCUGCAGCCCAUAUGCCCUUCCUGGCCUCAGCAAGCCCCUUGAUGCCCCCCACAGCCUUCCCAGCCCCACAGACACCUGAGCGUCCAGGCCUGGCCCCCCGCCUGUACUACCCACUCCUACUUGAGCCCAGCCUAGGACAGUCAGCAAGCAGGACUGCUCCUGCCAAGUCCUCCGUGCCCUUGAAGGGGCCUCCUGGGGCUCUGGUUGCUCCUGGGCUACUGAAGGUGCCUGUGCCAGGGCUGGGGGGAUCCUGGCCCCCUGGCACUUCCAGAGACCCAGGGCACGACAGAGAGCUGGAACAAGUGGCUCAGAGCGACCUGCAGAAGAGGCUGCCCCCAGGCAACCUGGCUGAGCUCCCAAAGGCCCCCUUGAACCUGGCAAAAUUUGGCUGUCAGAGCAGCCUGCCGACCAGCUCCUCCCUGAUACUUUGGCCUGAGGACAAGGAUUCAGGUGACCCUGAGGCCUCAGGCCCUGAGGUCCACCUUCUGCGGCAGCCACAAGGCCAAGUGCUGGGAAGUACAGUCCCAGUGGGAGAGGACCUGACCCAGGCCUUUGGCGACUACGUCAGGGUGGAGCAGUGCUUGGGGCAGCUGGCCCCGGUUGGGGGUCUAGCCCCCAGACCUCUACGGGAGCAGCUUGGCAAGAUUCGCCAUGAGCUGUUCACCAUCCAUCAGGCGCUGGCCCGGGCAGCUCGGCCACUGGACACACCCUUGGACCUCUCAGUGAAGCGGGUGCCCACCAAGGGGACUGAGGCACCUGCAGAAUCCUGGAAGCUGCAUGAAACAAGCCCCAUGCUGGCAAGGGGGACAUCCGAGACCUCCAGCGUAUUGGGCCCUGUGGUUGAGCCUUUCUCGAGCCGUACCACCAAGUGUGAGGCUGACUCCAGUGUCCCACCUCCUGUCCUCCCUCUCCAGGCCCCUGAGGACCAUGUAAUUCCUGGUAGUGUCUGGGGCAGUCGUCUGGGAGCUGGCAGCUCCCAGACCCCUAAAGAUAUCCCGAGUUUGCAGAUCCUCCCAGGUGCUGAGGACUGUUCACAGCCACCUUAGUGUGUGGGCUCCUUUCCCUGACCUGGGCCCCAAUGUCUGGGCCUGUCCAGUGUUGGUGUGCAUGUGUCCUGGACAGAUACUCACUCCCAGACUCCCCCAACAGCCCAUGGUAGAGACUUAUCCCUGGGGUCACAUGGACAUAGCAAGGUCAUGAUUUAUUUAUUGAACAGACUUGUGGACAAUUAAAACAGAAACCACCUUCAAAC